AUGGUAUUGAUUGACAUUAGGAACAUGCUGCAGUCAAUGGGAAAGGACAUAAAGACAUUCCCUCUACCUCCUAUGAUCGACGCGUAUGACGAUGCUAUUGGUACUGCUCGAGAGGUUUACGAGGAGGAAAGUAUCCAACCGACAGUGGAAGAUGUGUCUCUUAAAGACUCUCUUAACGAGGAACAGAGGGCCGCCUAUGAUAAGAUUAUGUCUGCCGUUGACACCGAUCAGGGCGGAUUAUUCUUUGUGGAUGGACCUGGUGGCACCGGGAAGACUUAUCUAUACAGAGUGCUGCUCGCGACGCUACGCAACCAGGGAAAGAUUGCAGUGGCAAUAGCUACAUCUGGCGUUGCGGCUUCCAUAAUGCCUGGAGGAAGAACCGCCCAUUCACGCUUCAAGAUACCACUCACUAUUGACGAUGGCGCUGUAUGUAGCUUCACGAAGCAGAGUGGAACAGCAGAGUUGCUACGGAAAGCAUCUCUCAUUAUCUGGGACGAGGCUUCUAUGACUAAGAGACAAGCCGUGGAGGCACUGGACAAUAGCAUGCGCGAUAUAAUGGGUCGCCCUGCACUACCAUUUGGUGGUAAAACCAUUGUCUUCGGUGGAGAUUUCAGACAGGUCUUGCCUGUUGUUCGUAAAGGGUCAAGGGCUCAAGUGGUCGCGUCAUCGCUACGAAUGUCUUACCUAUGGGAGUCCAUGUCCCACUUAAAGCUUGUUAGCAACAUGAGAGCAAAAAACGACCCUUGGUUUGCGGAAUUUUUGCUGCGCGUAGGCGGUGGAACUGAGGAAACAAAUAGUGACGGCGACAUUCGUCUUCCUGAUGAUGUGUGUGUGCCUUACAGUGGGAGUGACAACGAUCUUGACAACCUAAUAGACUUUGCUUUCCCAAAUCUCAACGAAAAUAUGUCUGAUUCCACCUACAUCACUUCAAGGGCGAUACUGUCAACACGGAACGACUGGGUUGAUAUGAUAAAUGUUAAGAUGAUUGAUCGUUUUCAAGGGGAGCAUAUGGUGUAUCAUAGUUUCGAUAGCGCCAUGGAUGAUCCCCACAACUACUACCCACCCGAGUUCCUAAACACAUUGACGCCUAAUGGGCUACCACCUCAUGUUUUGAAGCUCAAGAUUGGAUGUCCUGUUAUAUUGCUCCGGAAUAUAGACCCUGCAAAUGGACUUUGCAAUGGCACCAGGCUGGUCGUUCGUGGCUUCCAAAGAAAUAGCAUUGACGCAGAGAUUGUACUGGGUCAACACGUUGGAAAACGGAUUUUCCUACCACGUAUACCGUUGUGUCCCUCCGAUGAAGAGAUGUUCCCUUUCCAGUUCAAAAGAAAGCAGUUUCCUGUACGGCUUAGCUUUGCAAUGACGGUUAACAAAGCACAGGGUCAGACUAUUCCCAAUGUUGGUGUAUACUUGCCUGAACCAGUGUUCUCUCAUGGCCAACUAUAUGUUGCUCUAUCUAGAGCGACGGCCCGAUCGAACAUAAAGAUUCUUGUCAUCCCAGCUGUAGAUGGGAGGAAAAAGUCAAGGAAGGGUGUAAAGAAAACCCCCACCGUAGAUUGUGGGACAUAUACCAAGAACAUCGUCUACAAAGAGGUCCUAACAAAUUAGACCCAUGGUAAGAGUUGCAUGUUCAGCUAACAAACUAAUAGGAUGAUGUUUGUCUUAUGUUUGAUUGGUCUGGUGUAUUAUCAAGUCAUGUUUGCAUGCUACAA